CUUUACGGCUUGAGACCUUGUACUGAGAAGAAUCGGCCAGAAACCUAGCAAGGGUUGUUUUUUUCUCCCUGUAUUAUUAUUUACAGAGUCAUCAAGUUGAAUAAUGACUUCAGAGAAGAUUCAUGAAGUUACCUUUAAACACAUAAUACGUAACUUUAUUUGUUGGCAGGUUUCGAAUCGCCAUUGAAGUGCCAAACAGGCUAAAGGCGCCUUUUAAAUAAUAAGGGCAAGGACGCUGACAAAAACAAUAUCGCAAUGAAUUACUUAGAGAGUUGUGUGAGCCGACAGACGACUACGCGCUUUUUGCUAAUAGCAAUUGUGUUAAUAUUGCCAUUAGCCGGCGUCUGUGUCUGUGAAGUUACUUUAGCAGCUCACGAUGAGAUCAAAGCUAGUUCUAGUACUCAAAGCCCCAUGACUACGUCUGUUGAAACAAAGCCGAGUGUGAAGCCAUUACGAUUCAGCGCAGCGCUGACUACAGCAACUCCGGCGGCAGACGAAAGCACUAAAACAACAAAAGCGUACUCGAGACCGACUACGGUUCGUGCGACUAAAGUGUAUCCGAGCACAAGAGGUGCGGCGAAAAGUGCAAAGAAGGAAAAAGUGGAUGGGACUAGUGCAGGGGCGCAUUCGCCGCGGCUGCAGGAGCGGUUGGGCGCGGUGGAGUGCGACCUGCCCGUGCUGCCGCGGGAGUCGCGGUUGUGGCGCGGCAAUGAGACUCACGAGUUGAAUUUUCCAUUAACGGAGUGCGGGGCGGGGGCGGGGGCGGAGGACGAGUGCCCCCCGGUCAUCGUGUCGUGGGAAGGCGCUGCCGACAUCCAAAUCGGGGACAUCCUUAUCGUCCGCAUCUCCGACUCCUUGCUCCUUGACACCUCGACCCUCGAGACUAGGAACGCUACUGCUGAGUCGAACGCUUCACACGUCGAUAAAGAUAGGCAGCACAGUCUACUUCAGCCUGCAGUAUACCAAGUGACUCGGCAAGGUCACGAGCAUUGCGACGUUUCCGACGGUAUGCUGCUGGACAUUACACCACUGGACGAAGGAGGUGCCAAACUGUUCACACUCUACGAUAAGGAUCUGGCUGAAGGCGUCAAUCUGCUAAUAGUUGUGUCUGAAAACUGGGGCUCUAAGUGCGUGCGUUUGAAGGUGACAGUGAAAUCGGAUAACUGCGGAGACUCACAAGACUGCUCCGGAAAGGGAGUGUGCUACACGAACGUUUCCAUGGAAGGUUACGAGUGCCAAUGCUGUCCCGGGUUCGCGGGCACGCACUGCGAGGAGCGUGACGCGUGCCACCCUUCGCCGUGCCUGAACGGUGGCCGCUGUGCCGACCUGCCUCAGCCAGUGGAUGGCAUUUACUACCAGUGUGUCUGCCCUCACGGGUACAUGGGCAAAAGGUGCGAAAUGGAUCCAUGUUACACGUCACCCUGCCUCAACGGCGGCUUGUGUAUGAGCAUCAGUAUGAACGGCUCGGCCAGCUACCAUUGUUCGUGCUCGGAUGGGUGGGCGGGCGUGCGCUGCGAGCUCUCCGUAGCCGGCGGCGCGUGCGCGUCCAACCCCUGUGUUAAGGGCAUAUGCGUGGAGCAAACGGACAAUGACAUCGACGGUCCGCAGUACCGAUGCUACUGCCAGCCUGGAUACACCGGUGACAGAUGCGAGCUGGAGUAUAAUGAGUGCGAAUCAUCGCCGUGCGUGAACGGUGGCACUUGCACCGACCGCGUCGGCGGGUUCGAGUGCGCCUGUGGCCGCGGUUACACCGGCAACACGUGCCAACUUAAGGUGGACCUGUGCUCACCAAACCCAUGCCCGCCGCGUCGCUUCUGCAUGGACCGCGGCAACAACUACGUGUGCGAGUGUCCGAGGGGAUACGUCGGCGACGAGUGCCAUAUACCAACACGAUCGGCAUGCGACAAUAAUCCCUGUGCUCAUGGUGGUACGUGUUGGAAUGGGGUGGAUUCAUUUUACUGUUCCUGUCGUCCUGGCUACACGGGAAAGCUUUGUGAAGAGGAUUUUAUAUUGGAGUCGGUGAUAAGCGAAGAGAACAGUAUGAGCAGUGUGUCCCGCGGCGGGGGCUCGGUACGCGAGGUGCACCUACCGCUGGGCCUGUACCACGACCGUCUGCACAACGUCUACAUCGCCGCUGGAACAUUGGGGGCAGCCAUCGCCAUCGUUGGCGUUGUGGUGACAGCAUGCCACUGCCGCGUGAACAAAACGUACUCGCGACUGUUAUCGCGUUUAUCCCGCGUAUCAGAAUCGGGCCCGCCACACCACUGGCUGCAGGACAAGCGCGCGCCACCGCUCACCGCGCCCUUCCCGCCUCCCGCGCACAACCUCGACACCACUGACAUGUACUACACCCUCGACUUCAGCGACAGCCAGAGUUCACCCCUCAUCCAAUAG